CAUUGAAGUGGGAGCGUCAACCUAUGCGUUACUGGGAUGUCUUCACUGUCGUUUGUACCUCACGCUGUUUCUUCAGUUUCUGGACACAAAAGGAAGCAUGAAAAAACCCAUAAAAAAUCCUCAAAAAGGAUAAAGCGUAGUGCAGGGUCAGAUGAAGAGCAAGCGUAUACUGGGAAUGGAGCCGUUUACAAUGAUCAGAAUGAAGACACCAGAAGUAGAUCAUGCCCAUACCUGGAUACUAUUAGGAGGAACAUGCUGGAUUUUGACUUUGAGAAGCUGUGUUCCGUUUCUUUAUCUCACCUGAACGUCUACGCCUGUCUAAUCUGUGGAAAGUACUUUCAGGGUCGUGGAAAUUCUACUCAUGCAUAUACCCACAGUGUUAGUGAAAGCCACCACGUCUUCCUGAAUUUGGAAACUCGACGGUUUUAUUGCUUGCCCGAUGAUUAUGAAAUUUUAGAUGGGUCAUUGGAAGACAUUACCUACCUACUAAAUCCUACUUUCAGUACUCCCGAAAUACUUGCUUUGGAUAGUUAUUCGAAAAUGGUCAGAGCAUACAAUGGUCUUACAUAUUAUCCUGGUGUUGUGGGUCUCAAUAAUAUCAAGGCUAAUGAUUAUUGCAACGUCAUAUUACAAAUGCUCAGUCAUAUCAGUCCAUUGCGAAAUUAUUUCUUAGAUAUCAAAAACUUUGAGAACCUACCUUCUGUCUCUGGAGAUCAAAUGAUGCUUUUGGUCCAAAGAUUUAGUGAACUUAUUCGAAAAUUGUGGAAUCCUCGAAACUUCAAAACCCACGUUUCACCUCAUGAAUUCUUACAGGCAGUUGUGCUGUGCAGUAAAAAGCGUUUCCAAAUCACUGAACAAGGCGAUGCCAUUGAAUUCCUUUCAUGGUUGGUUAAUGCAAUAGAUAAAGCUUUAAGGAUUAAAAAAAUUCCCUGUCCCAGAGGCGCAGUUAAUAAAACCUAUAAAAGCAUUGUUUCAUCAACUUUACGAGGAAAGAUGAGAAUGUACAGUCGGAAAAUCAUGCCUGUAAACAUGACGGAUGAAGAAAAGGCUUCUCUGGCAGACAGCCCUGAAUACAUGACUUCAAUAUCAGACAUAAAUUUCUUCUAUCUUACGUGUGAUUUACCCCCACCUCCACUAUAUCUAGAUGAAUUUAAGGAAAACAUCAUUCCACAAGUUUCAUUAGCUACACUACUUUCGAAAUUUAACGGGGUUACAGAAAAGGAAUACAAGACUCAUCGUGAUUCUACGUUGCGUCGAUUUGAGCUUCGUCGACUACCUCCUUACUUAAUUCUUUACAUGAAGAGGUUUGUUAAAAACAUCUUUACAUUGGAGAAGAAUCCAACGAUAGUUAACUUCCCCAUUAGAAGUAUUGAUUUCGGUGAAUUGUUGGCCCCAGAAUUUCGAGCUAAACAUCGGCAUACUACUUACGACUUGAUAGCCAAUAUUGUGCAUGAUGGUCCCCCAACUCCUGGCUCCGGUACGCAUCGUAUCCACUUAGUACAUCGUGGUACUGGAAAAUGGUUCGAGCUACAAGACUUGCAUGUUAGCGAAGUCUUGCCACAGAUGAUACCGCUUAGUGAAACUCUUAUUCAGGUUUGGGCUGUGAAUAAGUCUAUACCUAAUCCAAGCUUUGUAGAGCCUGUAAAAGUAAUAGAUGAGAUUGGUGAAGAAACUAAGCCAGAGGUUAAAACUGAUGAAAACGAGGAGUGUGAAGAAAUUAAGAAGGAAGAGACUAUGGAUACGGACAAUAAUAAACCACAAAACUGAUUCCUGUCACUUUUUAUCGACUUUACCAAUAAUAUAAAUUACUGAUAAAUAUUAAGACUUAUGUGUUUGUGAACGGAAUCAGAAGAGUAUCACCCGAUUACGC